AUUCAACCGUCAAGCAUACUUUGACAGCUCAUAAUUUUUAAAAACACUGGCAUGUUUAGGUAUAUCAAAGGGAAAUCCAAAUGUUUGAAACGAAUAUUUGCCGUAUGCGCAAUUUAUAGUUUUUACACAGAAAACAUCAAUAACCACAAUGUCAAUGGACCCAGCAGAAGUGGAAUUUUUGGCAGAAAAAGAAACAAUUGAAGUUAUUCCUAAUUUUAGCUUCGACCCUGUACAUCUAAUAUCAGGGAGUAUUGGACCAUUUAAAGCUGGUUUACCUCUAAAUGUUCCUUUAUGGUUAGCAGUCACUUUGAGACAGCAACAAAAAUGCAGAUUUGUUACCCCGGAAUGGAUGGAUGUUACACUACUAGAAGAAGUUCGAGAAGAAGAGAAACAAUCCAGGUUCUUUACUAAAAUGCCAAACCCUCAUUACAUGGUUGAAGCAAAGUUAAUCUUAAACACUGCUGCAGAAGAUAUACCAAGAGCUGAAGAAAUUAGAACAAUAAUUAAAGACAUUUGGGAUAUAAGAAUGGCAAAAUUGAGGACUUCUAUGGAUGCAUUCAUUCGAGAAGGUGGAUCAUAUGCCAAACUUGAUCACUUAACAGCAAUGGAAAUAAAUUCUGUGAGACCCCUUUUACCGCAUGCCUUGGACCAGCUAUUCAGGUUGCAAAUGGUACCAAAGUCAUCAAAUACAACACAAAAUUCAACGUUGCUUAGUUCCUUUUCAAGUAAAUUUACUUCGUGAGGUACAUUUACAUUCUAAUACCAUCUCUGUAAAUG